CCGAUUGUUCAGUUCAGACGCUCAGAGACAGCCCGCAGACGCAGAGGCCGGCCGCAAGCACGCCCUGCAGAGAGAAUUAUGUAUAAGUGAUGAGGCUGAGGAGCUGUUGUUGCCAGAAAUUCGCCCUCCUCGCCGAAGCGCAAUGACAGCUAUCGAUGCUCGACAAAUCGGCAGCGCAAUUGUGUGUUGUCUCUUAGUGCAGCUGCUGAUUAGCGGGCCCCAUGUUUUGGUCGCCGCCGCCGACUCAGACACCACUGCAGUGGGCGCCGAAGCCACCCCUCCGUCCCCCACAGACGGCCUCGAAACAGGCGGGGGAGACAAGAAGUUCGGCGACAGGUGUGAGAGUUCAUCAGAAUGCGGGGUAAGAGGCGGAUUCUGCGACCCCGUGAAGAAGACCUGCCAGUGCAAGCCGGAGCUGCAAGUCACCAAUCACAUCGACCGAUGCGGCAAAGAGGCGAUCGUGAACGAGAGCUGCUACUUCAACGAGCAAUGCGAAAACGUGCUCUACAACACGGAGUGCAGGGACAACCGAUGUGUCUGCAGGUUCGAGAUGACUGCUGUCUUCAACUCCGACGGCUCUAUCAAAUGCGUCUCCAAGCCUGAAGCGCCCCGCGACGAACCACACGUCGACCCAGCCAUGAUCGGAGUUCUCGUCGGUCUCGGCCUCAUGUUUGUCAUCAUGUGCGUCGUCCUGCGCCUCUUCAGCAAGGCUCGGUGGCGCGGCGAGAACAGGACCAUCUUCAACACGCCAAACCCGCGGCUGAUGAACGUGUCGCUGCUGGACAGCAAGCUGCUGCACGGCGGCAACCUGGAGCGGCGCGCGAGCCGGGGCAGCGUGCGUGGCGCGCCCAGCAGACACGCCAGCAUGACCUCGCUGCGGCCGGCCAACUCACCGACGGGCUCUCGGCGGGGCAGUGGGGGAAGCAACGGGUCAACGCCGAAGUCACCCAAGGAGAAGAAGAUCGCGGAGGAGCACGUCGACACCAACCAUCACCCGGUGGGCACCGUAACCGUUGAGAUGACCCCUCCAACCCAGCCGAACCAGCCCGAGAAGCAGGAGGUCUAGGUCCGAAGCAGCCAAGUUCAAAAAAACAAAAUCCGAUUUGCAAAUUUAAGAGCAGAGAUACUCUCUGAAACUACAACACACACUCUCUCUUUCUCUUUGCAGUUUAGAUGUACUGGAGGUAAAAAAUACUUAAUUGCAUUUCAAUUAUAUCUACUUGUGCAGUUAAUUAAAUUUAUUAAUCGAUCAGAAUUUGAGAUUGAAGAGCAGAAAGUUGUUUAGCAAGAAAAGGAGCAUAGAGAAACAAUUGAACCAAGUAAUUAACCGCAGCAAUCAGUAAUUAAUUAACCGAGUAAUUAAUAUUUAAGAGCGAUUCCGCAGAUGACGUUUAAGGAAUCUCGUGUAGCAGUUCUUUUCCGGCCCCGCCCCCGGUAAUUAAAAAAAAAUGAAUCAAAUAAUACCUCCUCUUCCUCUGGAAGAACAGGAAAAAUAAUGUAUUUGGCGUUGUAAACGGUAGACAACAUAGGAGAUCUCUGGAAUACGGAAUAAAUCUCUAGCAAAGGCGACGCGCCUGCUCUACUCCUGCUAUAACGUUGAUUAUUGCUCUAUUUCUCUCUCUCUCUCUUUCUCUCUCCUCACGCGCUUCUUUGCUCCUCUCGAUGAUGGGAUGAAAACAAAACUGCUGCGCACUCGAUUGUUUUCAGUUUUUGCGUGCCGGUUUUUCCUCACUGAUUGAUUUUUUGCGUCCUCUCUUCUUCAGCACAACGUCCAGUUACAUUAUUGUAAAUUAAAGAUUAAAAAAUGACCUAAACAAGUACCAAGCGAGACUUGACCAAAAACGAAAAGAUUGUGUAUGUAGCACAAAAAUCUAAACAAAAAAGAGCAUGGUCGUGUGUGCAUGAACGCGCAAAAACACAUGAUUUUGAUGAUUCCGUGCCUCGUUGACGAUGAAAUGAUAAUCAAAUUUUUAAAAACGCAAUAUCAGCAUUUUGAGUUCCCUUCACCGCUGACGAUUUUGGGUUGAGCUCAUCAGUUUGUGUGUGCCAUCAUCCUUGAACACUAAACAUGGACAAGUCUCUUUCUCAUAAAAAAUAUAAAACUACGGUAGCUCCGCUUCGGCCGCUGACAGCAUAGUAGCCUUUUCAUACUUAAAAUUUACACACGAGUAUCAAAUAAUCCUGCUGCUACAAUAAGUGAUAUUUUAGAUAAAAUCUAUGAAAAACUUUUAAGUAUAACUAAUAAUAACGUCAACCUUACUUCCACACACGAUGGAGAGUUUCACGAUCGACACUUUGUUUGCGGAAAAAGAAGCGAAAAGUUUCAAGCUCUUGAUAUUUAUAAUUAGCUACGAUAUUAAUGUGAUAGCUGAGCACAACUUAUCUUUGAAUGUAUUAACGUAGGUGUAAAGUGACACGCACCCCUUGGCUUUCGGAAUUCGGCCGCCCGCCGACCGGCCCGGCAAAACUCUCGCAACAAUGGACGCGGCCGACGCAUUAUUAAGAAUUAACGCGCUUUGCAGCUGAACGCCCCCACCGAUUACCUUUUUCUCUAAUUAACACACGUUGUAUUAAUGGCUAAAGGAUAAAAAUUACACUCACACACUCACUCACUCACACACACACAACACACACGACACACGCGUACGUGCACCUAGGUGUUGAGAAGGCAUCUCUCUAAUUAUAUUAAGCGAUUUAACUAAAUAAACACUCAUUGAACGCACCCUUGUUGUCUCACACGAACACACACAACACACGCGACCUCUAUUUCUUGUAACCUUAGGCGGAACCUCGUAAUUUUAAGGCGGCUGGCCGAACAGUCCGGCGUCACUCUUGGGGAAGACGUGGCCCGCGACUAUUCCCCGUCACUCGGGGCCCCGAGCGCGUCCCUGGUUGCGAGCCCCGCGGGCCGGUUGGCCAGAAAAAAAUAGAAUCUGGACAUUUUCGUAAGAAGAGAAAGCAAUGGGGUGAAGGGCAGCGCACUGUGUACGGUAGCAGCACACGACCAAUUAUUGUACUAAUUGCGAUGAUUGAUAAAAAACAAGUUUUCCCUCCUCCUCCUCCUCCUCCUCCUCCGCGACUCCUCUCUUUCGAUUCAGCUAACCUUUCUCAUAUAAUGCUAAAGACACAACAGUUAAUCCAACGAAUCACAAACGGCAGACAAGUAGUUCGAAACCAAAAUAAGAGAUGAAAAGAUAUUAUAUCAUAAAGUGCGCGAAAAUUGUAUAAUGAUGGCUUUAAACACACAAAAUCUCACGAUUUGAAUCGACGUACAACUCACUCACUCACCGACACACAUUUCCAUUUUAAUGUAUAAGCUCAAAACUCACACUUGAUUAUGAUUCUCAAUUAAGUAGGUCCUCUUCAGCAAGGCAAGUGUUUGUUUAGGCAGAAGGAAAAGGUGCCGCCCGCCGAAAAAGUCUGCAUUUUUGUAUCAAGGGGAAGAGAUGCAAAACUGUCCACCUUUUCGCACAGGGGGCGCAGCAGCCCCCGCGGAGGCCGAGACAAGUGUUUGAUUCGAUUCAUUCUUUGUAAUUGUAUGGUGGUAGCGAGUAGAUUUUUCUACUGCAAGUACUAACCACGUGCGUGUAUUUCUAAUGCUAACUACAUGUGUAAUGCUCUCUAUCGACAUGGAUAUUGGAAAAAAUAGCUAGCUGAUAUAUUAUAUACUAUACAUUACAAACUAUACAUAUACAUGAUUACCAUAUUAAAUAUAUUACGACAUAUUUCUUGUACUGUCCGAUUAAUGUCACGCGUCAUCGACUAACACACGAUGACGAUGCUGACAUAAUUAUAUAAUAUCUUCACACUCUUUGGAAAUAAAAAUUUGUCCAGCGUGAAA